AUGCUGGCGCCUUCAUUCGCUUUACUGCUGCUCUCUGCUGUGCAGAGCACCACCGCAGCUCUUACCAAGUCCAACCUCGAGACCCACGUCGAUACCCUGGCCCUCGACUUCGAGUUCGGUCCCGUCAAGGAGGCCUACUGGACCAGCAUCCCUCACCACCGCAGGACUCCCUUUGCCGUCUCGCCCGACGGCAAGAGUGCUUACCUUGCCUACCUCGACAGCAGUGAGACCGAUGUCCACGUCCAGCAGGUCGACCCCACCACCUUUGCCGCCACCGGCACCACCGUCACUGUCUCUGGUGCCAAGGAGGCCGGUGGUCUGGUCGCUCACGACGAUGGUUUCGCCAUCCUUGUGAACGAGGCCAUGCCCUCGGGCACCACCAACGCCCCUCCCUCCGACACCCCUGUCGCUGUCCUCUACCGCUAUACCAGCGGCAAGCAGACCUGGAAGACCUGGCUCGGCGGCCCCGGUGUCCACGAGGCCGAUGGUCUUUCUGCUUCCCCUGACAUGAACGGAGACCUCGUCUACUCUGCCGAGGCUGGCUUGUACGGUGCUUACUUCGUCGUGACUGACUACUCUGGUGAUGCUUCCGGCCACUUUGGCGAUUCUAUCGAGUACGUCAAGGAGGACGGCACCCUGUCCACCAUCGACGGUGCUUCCAGCUCCUGGGGCUGCAGCCACAACACCGGUAUCGCUUUCGAGGCCGCUGAUGCUGCUCCCUUCGCCUCCAUCUGCGCUGAGGACCAGGGUGCCAUCUGGCUCAACACCGGUACCAGUGGUAUGACCACUGCCGGCCAGAAGAUCUCCAACGAGAACACCACCAACGGUGGCUCUGGUGAGCCCAUGGGCGGCAUGUCCGGCUCUUUCAGCGGUCUGGCUCGCUUCGGCAGCUCCUCCAAGUACAUCUUCUCCUGGGUCUCCCGCGGUGCCAAGGACGUCGUCAUCAACGACUGGAUGGGCGACGGCUACACUCACGUCACCAACCGCACCAACAACCGCAACAUUGCCAUUUCCGUCAUGAGCGACAAGAGCACCCUUGCCGGUGAGCAGGCCACUUCCACCGUCGGUUCCACCGAUGGCGACAGCCAGGUCAACUGGAUCAAGCAGGGCGACAACGACUGCCAGAACGCCCACGUCGCCACCUUCGGCGAGGCCAACGCCCUCGUCACUUGGGAGGAGGCCGCCAACCCCGUCUGCCCCGUCAUCGCCAUGGGCUGCAUGGGUGAGUUCCAGGGCACCUUCUUCCAGCAGGUCGACAGCACUGGCGCCAAGGUUGGCGACGCUUUCAGCGCCACUGACGUCUACGUUGCCGGUGACAUGGUCACCAUGAGCGACGGCCGCAUCUGCUGGCCCUACGUCUCCAUGACCUGGGAUGUCUCGACUGCCGUUUCCUACGGCGGUUCCACCUCCACCUCCAAGAAGAUGUCUUUCGCCUGCAUGUCCCUUGACGGCAGCAGCAGCAGCAGCGCAGGUGCGUCCUCGGCCGUAACCCAGGCUUCUUCCAGCACCCCGGCCGCCGCCGUCUCCAGCGCCGCCUCCAGCGCCGUCUCUACCCCCGAGGCGUCGGCCACCACCGAGGCCGCUGGCGUGAUUGCGGAGGCCUCUUCCUCCACUACCCCCGUUGCCCCGGCCACCCCCACCACUCUCCAGACGCAGACUCGCUCAUCCACGCAGGUCGACGUUCCCUCCACCGCCGCCGCCACGAGCGUCGCGCCCACGGCGGCCGUCAGCUCUGAGGCCGCCGGUGUCGCUGAAAGCACCGCCGCCGCCGCCACCACUGCCACCGGCGGCUGGGGCAACUGGCCUUCCUUCACCCCCGGCGCCGCCUGGCCCACCUCUUUCCCUGGCUUCGGCACCAACAAGGGCACCUCCAACACCGAUACCGACGCGACCUCGUCGUCGUCGGUCGAUGGCGCCUCCACCGAGGAGGAGGACGGCCCCUGUGCCGUUGAGUACGUCUACGUUUAG